ACUACAUGCACCGACCAUGGGAUUCAUCACAACCAAACAGCGAGCUAGAGACGUACUAUUCUGGCCAGGAAUGAACAAGCAGAUCGAGAAGAUGAUAAUAAGUGUCCGUUAUUGUACAAGCACGGAAGUUCAACCCUCAAGAAUGACUGAUAGCAAAAAUGAUGAACAUGAGAAGGAUAACAGGUUCGUUGUGAAGCUGAAAAAUCCACACCUAAAAACAAUGACAGAGGAUGUCCUGUACCACUUCACUCUGUCUACAAGCACCCAUGACCUGCAGGACAUGUUUGGCGAUGUCAAAUUUGUAUGCUGUUCUGGAAGCCCGAAGCGUAUCGCAGUGUUUGCUGAGUACAUCAGAGACGAGCUCAGUAUCAAAUUGCCCGUAGGCUGCACCCUGGAAAAUAUCGCGAACAAAACUGAUCGAUAUGCCCUGUACAAAAUCGGACCAGUCCUAGCUGUGAGCCAUGGAAUGGGCAUGCCGUCGGUCUCCAUUAUGCUGCAUGAGAUUCUGAAGCUCGUCUACUAUGCCAAAUGCAAGGAUGUGACGUUUAUUCGCAUUGGCACUUCAGGGGGGAUAGGUUUGGAUGCUGGGACUGUAGUGGUCAGUGACAAAGUAGUGGAUGGCCGCUUUAGACCCGUUUUCGAAGUGCCAAUCCUGGGUAAGGUGGUGGCUCGCCCAGCCAUUCUUCACCCUCAGAUAGCCAAUGACCUCUUGCACUGUAAAAAGCCUGAUGACGUUUUCAAGAUUGUCGUUGGUACAACGAUGUGCACACUUGAUUUCUAUGAAGGUCAAGCCAGAGUAGAUGGCGCGUUCUGUAACUACACUGAGCAGGAUAAGAAAGAGUUCCUACAAAGCGCAUAUGCUCAGGGAGUGCGAAAUAUGGAGAUGGAGAGUCUGUGUUUUGCUGCUACCCUGCACCAUGCCGAUAUAAAAUGUGCUGUCGUGUGUGUCACACUGCUGGACCGUAUGCAUGGUGACCAGAUAUCUAUGUCGCAUGAUGAGUAUGAAGAGUUUCAGGUUCGCCCUCAACGUGUGGUGGCCCGCUUUAUGAGACGCAAACUUAGGUUGGGCUCACAGGCAAGCUGCGAUGAAUAAAUGCUGCUAUGCUUAAAACGUGUUCAUUACUAUUUAUCAAUGGUACACUCUUAAACAUUUUUCCGUUAUUUCUAGAGUAUAUUGAACUACGAAAUUCAAACAUGAUUUCAAGAUUAUUUAGCUUAAAAUGAAUAUAAAUGUUGUUUAAAGGUAUCCUAUAACCAAAUUGCUACAAUAUUAGUCAGUGUGUGUGUGCGUGCGUGCAUGCGUUAGUGUGUGCGUGCGUGCGCGUGCGUACAUGCGUGUGUGCGUGUGAGCGUGUUCGCGCACUUGUGCGUGCACGGUUAUGUAAUUAUGUAUGUAUGUAUGUACGUACGUAAGCACGCACGCACGCAUGCGUGUGUAUUAUCCAAUAUUAUCAGAAUAUCAAUAUUAUCAGUAAAUAGAUGUAAUUUUUAAUUACCACACUAAACACGUUUUAUUUCACCUUCACCAUCAUUGAAGGGCGAAGAUUUUCAUUUGCUUCCCUUAAUCGUGAAUCUGCCGUGCCUGCCUAAUUGUUUAUGUCGAGAGGUAUCAUUGUAACAUUAUUCAUGAAUCUUGUUGUAACCAGAUGUAUGUUAUUGCGUACUUGAUGUACAUUUUCUAAACGUUUGUUACUUAAAUUUAGUAAUUUAUUGUGAUGUAAUUUGUCACAUUACAUUCAUGCUUAUUGGUUACACCAGUUUACUAUAGAUGCUUCAAGUUAGUCAACAGCCUAGAAACCCUAUUAUACACAAUUGCUUUAUAUGGUAUUUGCUACUGCACUAUGUGGUAAUAUCCUUAGUUAUUUUCAUUUUGUGGGUUAUAGAGCAGUCAUUAGUCAACAUAUAUGAUGUUGAUAAGGCUUUCUGUGUUAGGCUUCAGUAUUCGGGCAAUCCUAUUUGGUUGCUCAUUAAGAUUAGUGAACGCUUGACCAAAGUGUGUUUGAGGCGUGCAUGUAGUUCUCAGGAGUGAAGGUGCCGCCUCUAUGUAAUUGCCCUGGCGUAUAUGUGUUAUUCUGUGCAUACUGCAGUCUGUAUGUAGGUACUUCUCACAUACUUCAUUAUUGUUCAUUGUGCUGGAUAGUAGUAAUAAAGUAGGUGAUACUGCAAAAAUA